UCCAUCUUUCUUUCGUUUUCUUUACACACACUAUAUAUUUUGAGCCUGAAAACUUAUUUUUUUUUAAUCAGUUGAUAGUGCACAAAGUAGCACAAAAUCUUUAUUUUUUGUUACCCGCUUGUUAGCAAGGAUGUCCAUUGCACAUAUAUAUAUAUACGAAUAGUCCUUGCAUCAAUCCCCACUCAUCAAUUCCAUUGUUUACCAGCGUGUUAUCUUCAGCCUACACACAAUAUUUUUCAUACACGCCACCAGCACCUCUCCACAUUCUUAGUUAUAACAUUUUUAGUUUAAAGUUGGCCUAGCUUUUUUACUAUAAAUAAGUUUUUGCUCUUUUAAUUUCUGGGCCCUCCCAACUACUACCGUUUAGUAACCUUUUAUGAAUAUUUCCAACCUGACCAUCCUUACUUGCCAUGGUGACUCCUUCUACUCGUUAUCCCAAGCAGCAGCCACCGAUACCCGAUGGGCCAGUGCUCAACUUUCGCGAUGCGCGCAUUAGUCGCAACACACUGCCUCUGGCUGCAGAGUUCCGGACGCUCAGCAUUCAGAUUAGUGAGAACGAGAACCGGCGGUCACAGCGCCUGCGCGGGCUUCAGAGCUUUCUCAGGUCUCCGCGCUGGCAGGAGCUUCUAAGCGAGCUCGUGCCCAUGGGAUCGGCGCACCGGCAGCAGGAGAAACAUGAGCAGCAGCGCAACAUGGCCAUGGCCAAGAUUGCGCAGCAGCUGCGCGACUACCAAUUCCACAGGGACACAGUCAACGAGGUGUUUACGCGCAUGGGCACGUCACCAGUGCGCGGGCUCGAACCCGAAGCUAUUGAGCGGAGGCGCAGCCAGAACGGCCGGAACGUAGUCGGCGUGCAGUCACGGAUGUAUCUGCUGCGCAUCUUUAGUUGGUUUUUUGGCGGGUUCAAUCGGUUCCUGUGGCUUUCGGUCAUUGUAUUUUGGCUCUGCUGGAAGCCCAUUGGAAAUCCGCCGCAGACAGGCAAUCUAGCGCUGGGUAUCGUUAUCAUUGUCAUUAUCUUUAUGCAGGCGCUGUUCAGCGCGUGGCAAGAGUGGAUCACGUCGCGCGCCCUGAACUCCAUCACAAGCAUGGUGCCCGAGGCCACCGUGGUGCUGCGCGAAGGCCGCCAGAUGGCUGUGGCCCCGGCCGAUCUUGUCCCGGGUGACAUCGUGGUGCUGCGCGCCGGCGACUGCGUCCCCGCGGAUGUCCGCCUGGUCGAGGCGUCGCCGGAUCUGAUGCUUGAUCGCUCAGUGCUGACGGGCGCACCCGACCCGACCAUCGGCACUGUCGAGUUCACGAAUGCCAACUACCUCGAGACACGCAACAUGGCAAUGAUGGGCGGCGCCGUGACGCAGGGCGUCUGCACCGGCAUUGUGGUGGCCAUCGGCGACCGCACAGUGUUCGGGCGGCUGAGCCGCCUGACACAGCGGCAGCACAUCAAGCCGAAGCGCACGAUCCUGCAGCUCGAGGUGCGCCGGCUGGUCAACGGCCUGACGACGCUGUCGCUGGUCGUCGCCGCGUUCUUCAUUAUCCUGUGGGCCGCCUGGCUGCGCACGUCCUACCCUGGCUUCAUGUCGGUGUCCGACGCGCUGGCCAACGGCGUCGGUGUCCUGGUGACCUUUGUACCCGGUUCCCUGCCGAUUAGUCUGACGCUGGCGCUGACCGCCAUUGCCAAGCGCAUGCAGCGGCACAACGUGCUGAUUAAGAACCUGACCACUGUUGAAACGCUGGGGUCUGUCAAUGCGAUCUGCUGCGAGAAGACCGGAACGCUGACCCAGCGCAAGAUGGCUGUGACGUGCGUGGCUUUUGCCGACAUCGAGAUGCAUGCCGCACAGCUGCACAGGGAAACCGGGAUUGCCGCACGCCGCCUGUACGAGACCGCGGCCUGGUGCAACGGCGCGACGCUUAACCCGGAUGCCGCCGACCUGCCCGAAUCCGAGCGCGAGGUCUUUGGCGACGCCACUGACAGCGCGUUCCUGCGGCUGGCCACGCAGAUAAAGGGUUUUGUGCCGGCCGCUGCGCAUAAAACGCUGCUGACAAUUCCGUUCCACCUGCGCAACCGCUGGAUGCUUACCGUCUGCUCGACCUCUGAGCCCGAGGCCGCCUCUGAGCCGUUUAUCCUGAUUAAGGGUGCCCCCGAGACGCUGCUGCCGCACUGCUCGGAGAUCCAGUCUGCCACUGGUGAGAUCUUGCCGAUGGACGUUGCAAUGAAGGAGCGCAUCAAAAGCACGCAGCAACGCUGGGCCACCGAGGGGUGUCGUGUGCUGCUGCUCUGCCGCCGCGAGUUCUCCAGCAUCGAUUCGAAUCCGUUUGUCGGCAUCGAGAACAGCCCAGCACACCUGUACUCCGUGGCUAGUGACAGCAUCACGCAGCUGUGCGUUGUCGGGCUCGUUGGAAUGGUGGAUCCGCCGCGCGCUGAGAUCCCUGGCGUCGUCGACACGUUUCGCCGCGCCGGCAUCCGCGUCUUCAUGGUCACCGGUGACUACUCCCACACCGCCGCGCAUGUCGCGCGCCAGUGCCGGAUCAUCACCGGGAUCCAGGUCGACGGCAUCGACGACGUGCUGGACAUCACUGCCCGUGCCAGCGCCAAAGAAAAGGCCGACGAAAAGCCAAACAAGAAGGUCUCGGGCAUCGCCCUGGCGCUGGACAUGCUUUCGGACAACUCACUAAGCCGCCAGGAGUCGCUCGUUGACAGCCAGUAUACACUAUCCACGAAGCGGUCUCUUGUUGUCUCCGGUCCCGAGCUGGUCGGCCUGCGCCCCGAGUGCUGGGACACCAUUGCGACCUACGAGGAGAUUGUCUUUGCGCGCAUCACGCCAGAGCAGAAACUGCAGAUCGUCGAGGAGCUGCGCGAGCGCGACAACUAUGUGGCGGUUACCGGUGACGACGUCAAUGAUCUGCCGGCGAUGCGCGCUGCGCAUGUGGGCGUCGCCAUGGGGAAUGGCUCAGAGGUGGCCAAGGCCGCGGCCGACAUUGUACUGCUGGACAACAACUUUUCGUCGAUCGUCGUGGCCAUCGAGUGCGGCCGCCUGGUGUUCGUCAAUCUGAAGAAGGUCAUCAUUUACCUGCUGCCCAUGACCAACCUGAGCGAGAUCGUGCCGUCGUUCCUCAACGUCGUCCUCGGCCUGCCUAUCCCGCUGUCGACCUUCCUCAUGCUCGUUAUCAAUACAAUCACUGACAUGUGGGCGUCCAUUGUGCUGAUCAACGAGGAGCCCGAAACCGACAUUAUGCUCAACCCGCCGCGCAACCCCAAGAAGGAGGGUCUUGUCAACGUGCGCUUUUUCCUGCAGGCGUACGGCUUCAUCGGCAUAAUCCAGACGCUGUCUGGGCACAUUAUCUUCUUCCUCUGCAUCUACAUGCGCGGCAACAUCACGCCGAACAACGUCUUCCUGGCCUUUAGCAAGUGGACCGACGGCUACCUGGGCCGCAGCAAGGAGGAGCUAGCACACAUUGUCAGCAUCGCCGGCAGCUCGCAUUUCAUGGCCAUGGUUGUCAUGCAAUGGGGCAAUAUGUUUGUUGCUCGUACGCGCACACUGAGUGUUUUCCAGCAGAAUCCGUUUUGGGGGCCGAAGAGUAAUCCGCUUCUGCUCGUCGCUAUUCCGAUUUCCAUCCUUGUCGCGCUGUUCUUCAACGAGGUGUCUUGGUUUAACGAGGUGUUUUUGACAGGCAAAAUUCCGGUCGAGUUUUACUUUAUUCCGAUUCCCUUUGCAUUUGCACUGAUUUCAUUGGAAGAGGUGCGCAAGCUUAUUGUUCGCAACUACCCAAAGAGCCUGAUUGCGCGCUUGGCGUGGUAAGCCCUUUUUCAAUAGAAUUAUCACAUACAAUAUUUUUUACCAAGUACAUUAAUUGGCA